AUGCUCCAACUGAAGACUGCGAUGCAUCAGCCCUUAGAGAAGAAGGGACCUGCUGAGAGGGGAGUGAAUGAGCAGAAGACUCGGCCUGAGAAAGCAGGAUUCUCCUCUGUGUCCCACAGUGGGAAAUACUCCUUGAUCCAGGAUCAGGCUCGAGAGUUGACCCACCUGCGGGAAAAGAUGAGGAUUGGGAGGGCUGUCUCUUCCCUUCUCAUCCAACAUGUCAAGAACACAGUGAAGACCUUUGAAGAGCUCCUCAGCGGUAAUAAGAUCGACUACUACAUGGAGCAGCAUUUCCGUGAGCAGCUGGCCAAGGGCAGCCAGCUGGCGGAGAGCCUUGCCAGCAAAUUCAGCACAGAUGACUGUAUAAGUAAGAAGAAUCAAAGAGAACAGGUGCUGCGGAACCUCAGUAUCUUAAGGGAGUUGCAGAAGAAGGGUAAAAUGGCAGAAGUCCUAGAGACCAAGCAGGAUGCCCGGCCCCAGACUAGGCCCCAGACCCGCUCCAGCAGCCAUGCCCAGUCCGCUGCCCAUCGCUCCUCUAGCAGCACCACCCCGCUGUUUGAUGAGCAGGAAGUGCGCCCUGCAGUGGAUGUGGCCAAUGUCAGCCCAGCCACUCCUGCUGAUUCAAGUUCAUUGCCCAGCAACCAUUCAGAAGCCACGUCUGCUCAGCCCUUCUAUCCUUUGAGUGGCACCACAGAGCUGAGUGGGACACCAGACCCUGGGCUUCAUGGCAGCAGUGGCCCAUGGGACGAGAUGAGGCCUCAGAAGAUGAAUGCAUCUGGGAACCUAUCCUCCUUCUCCUCUUUAUACCAGCCCAACUCCAAGCCCUCUGGGGCCGACCUGCUGGAAAAGAAUCUUGUUGAGAUCCGGAACCUGCGCCAGCGCCUGGAGGAAUCCAUAUUCAUCAAUGACCGCCUGCAGGAGAGGCUGGAAUAUGUGCUCAGCAAUGCUCACCAAGAAAAAAGCACUGCACAGCCAGCUCCAGAUGUCUCCCUCGCAACCCCUCAUUCAUACACUGAGAGUCACUAUUCUGGCUCUGGUAAGGACAUCUUGUGA